AUGGUGGUUCUCCUUCUCUUAGCAGCUUUGCUGCAAGAGCCAGUUUCAGGCAGCUUGUACGGAUCCAGGUUUUUGACAGGGAGAGUUGGUGGAUCAGUCACCCACCAAUGCUUCUACUCCAUCACUCCAGCCAACAAAAACGACCGGAAAUAUUGGUGCAAAAGAGCAAGGAAUGGAAUUUGCUACACCAUCAUCUCUUCAACUGGCUACACCUCAAGAGAGUACGAGGGGCGAGUGUCCCUGGAGGACAUCCCCCAGAAUGGCACCUUCACAGUGACCAUGACAGGGCUGAAGAGCAGUGACACAGGGACCUACAGAUGUGGCAUUGGCAUCACCAACGGCGGCCUGUACGUCAGCCUGAACCUGACAGUUGGGGCAGGUGCUGCUGUGUCAAGCCCAACCCAGCUCAUCCAAGGGGAGCUCCAUGGCUCUGUCACAGUCCUGUGCCCAUCUGGGGAUGCUCAAAGCAGCAAGAAGAGGUUCUGGUGCAAAGUGGGAAGAAGCAGCUGCAUUCUCAUAGCUGACUCCAGUGGCUAUGUGGGAAGGAGUUACCAAGGACGAAUCUUUCUCACCCCUCCAGAGAGCUCUGGAGCUUUCAAAGUCCUGAUAAAUGACUUACAAAAGGAAGACUCAGGACUGUACAUGUGUGGGACUAGUGGUGGGAACAGCUCCCAGGAGAUGAUUCUACAGGUGACCACAGCCUCUGCUCUUCCCAGGAGACCCAAAUUUCUCAGCAGCACACCCGGAGGCUCAACAUCCUUCAAGUGCCACUAUGACCCCAAGAGGAGCUAUGAGAAGAAGUACCUGUGCAGGUGGAAGGAAGGGAACUGCUCACUGCUCCUGGAUGCUGAUGGGUUUGUGCACGAGUCCUACAAAGGGCGAGUACAAGUAACCAGCAGUGACCCCAGACGUGGGACGUACACGGUGCUGCUGAGCCAGCUGAGAGAGGAGGAUGCAGGAUGGUACUGGUGCAGGGCUCAGAGUGGACACACAGAGCACACAUCAUCUGUGAAGCUGCGUAUCCUUAAGGGCCCAGAUACAACCACCCAUGUGAAACCCAUUUUAUCAAGCCUGGCUACCUACAGCACACCCACACAGAGGAGAACCACAGACCUGAGGUAUGUGAGGACCACUGGCACCAAGAGCACCGUGGUGGGCACCAUCACCAAGAGCAACAUGAUGGGAACCAUCCCCAAGAGCAGCACAAUGGGCACCAUCACCAAGGGCACUGCAAUGGGCACUGAAAGCACCAGCACCCUACUGCCUGCUGCCACCUUUGACACCUUUGGAACCUCUCCAGGUGAAAUCUAUCCUGAGAG